AUGUACAUGCUGGCACCGAAGCUGGUGAACAGAAGGGUCUGGUACAUCGGAAUCAUGUACCUGCCGCGGGCCUGGAAAAUGAACUAUCAGCAUGCGCCUUGGUGUUUUGCCGUUUGCCGUCCCAUCUCUUUCUGCUCCCUCAUUGCCCGACCCCCACGUCAUAUUCGCGACCACGGCUCACGCUCCUAUGUCGAGACUACGCACCUUCUGCCAAGUCCUCAGACCAUCAUGCUUCUGGAACUCGCGCUGGUAGUGGGGAACCCUGUUCUCGCGGAAGACCCAGCUGCAGACUGUCAGUAUCGAGCCGUGAGGGGGAAUCCAAAGGAGCGCAGAGGCAGCCGUCGCGGGGCUUCCUGGAGCGCACGACAGCACGCGCAGCUGCAGCAUAGACCCGUUUUGGGUCGCUUCAACUUUCGCAUUGAGCUACCCACAGUGACACAGACGGAAAGCGUGGUUGCUAUCGCCAAUGGAACACUUCACUGCCCGCCUGCCUUGUUGAUGCCACCGGCCCUGGACAGGCUCCUCGCCAGCCCGUCUGCCCUGCGACUCCUGCGCUCCAUUGUCAAUGCUCGCGAGCUUCCUGCACCAUGUUCGACGGCCGCCAAUUGUUGCCAUUCGAUAGCCUCUCGCCGCAGAUACUCGACUGCUGGAAAGCCCCAGGCAACGCGGAAGUGGAGACGAUGGAAGGACACGGCGGGAGACAUUGUCCAUCGCGAGAAAGUGCUGCAGUUCCUCGAAGACGACGAUGACGUCUCGGGGAAAGACCCAAGAGGCAGUCGGGACGGUAAAGAGGAGGCAUUGUGGGCUGCAUACGUCGCCCACCAGGAGAGGCUCCGUGGACUGCAGGGGAUUCGCUCAGUAUGGAGUGCUCGUCGUGUCCAGGCCUACCGUCUGCCCACCACCGACACCACCGACGCAGAGAUCCUGUGGGGGACCUUCAUCAAGCACCCAGAGCUGGUCGUGGACGUCAUAGACCAUGCAGCCGACCUGCUGAAGGAGACGGGCCAGACUUACCCUCGCCUGUACGAGCUGGUCAUGGGCUACUGGCUUCCACGCAGACAGCCCGCUGCCCUCGACUACCACCACCACAUGUUGGUGACGCUGAAUUUGAGGAAGCUCCCACUGCAAACCCUGGCGCGUCGAGGAGCGUCUCACCUCACGCCCUCGGCCUACGACGCGCUGAUGCACAUAUACCGCCAGAGCAAUGAGCGCAAUCUCUACGACGACGUAGUGCCGCCGCUCAUCGACAAGGGCCGCAUCGCCAUGGCCCGUCGAUGGCACAGUCUGUGCGUCGUCAGGGACGACCUCCCCUCCGCAGCCGUCGCUUUACAUCCUGUCGUGCAGAUAUUCACUGCCGAAGCAUCUGUCAUAUCCAAUCCUAGACCCCUUGCCGAGACCAUGGAUGCCCCGCAAAGAUCGAAACGAAGAAAACCCAGCUACGACGAGGAUCUUAUGCGCCGGCUUCAAGGUCGUGACACGGCGCCCGUACGCUUUGAAGACGCGUUCUGUGCUCGCAUGUUUGCCACCAGGGCCAUUCCGCCCGAUUCGAUCAUAAAGGGGCUUGCCAUGGUGGGGGUGAAUGAGAUCGGGCCUCAGGCAGUGCUUGCCAUGGCGGCUCGAACAGAACCGAUCAUGGACCUGCCACGGAGAUUUGAGGAACUCCGAGCGGCAGGCAUCGCACUCCAGGGGAGUGUGUUCAUUCUAGCUAUAGAGAAGUUUGCUAUGGAGCAGAAGUGGGAUCUGGUGCGCAGCAUGCUCAUCAGCGACCAGCAUCCCGACGUCUUUGGGAACGCAGAUGUCCAGCGGAAGUUGCUCAACUACUACCUCGACCAGGAGGAUUACGUACAAGCUCAUCGCACUCUCGCGGUUCUUACGUUAUUUCACAAAGACCCUAAUCACGAAGCGUGGAACUUGCUGUUGCAGAUUUACACCCAACGCUCCGGGCCACAUCGCAUCGUGACAACCCUUCAGGAUAUGCGUGCUCAGCGCGUCAUACUCACAACUGAAUCCAUCGUAGCCAUCAAGAGCCUACUGCGACCGCGGCAGCGUGGCCACAAACCAGGCGUAUCAACCAGGGGCGGCUUCGACGACUUGCGCUUCGUUUCCCGUGUCUUCAUGACCAUCCUCGAGGCCGGCAUGGCGCCCAUUUCACCCGCCUCAUGGCGCGAGAUCAUCCGUCGCUUUGGCAUGUCUGGACGAUUCAGAGAACUCAGACGCCUCUUACUCUGGCUCGUCUGCUGGUACGCACCACGAAGCAACACGCAAUUCUCCAACCUACCCAAAUCCCCCUUCCUCGAUACAGCGACCGCAAAACUGCGCACCGCCUUCCCCGAACCAAACUACUACUUCCACUUCCCCGGAUCCACCCCGCAACAACUAUCCGAACUCCACCCCAUCCGACAACUCCUCCGCCCAUCCCUACUACAAGGCCUCAUCAUCUGGGGCUUCAAAGCAGGACUCCUACCAAACGCGCAUCUCGAACAGUCCAUCCUCGGCCCCACCCUAGCGAAAAAACACUACCGCCACCGCCUCCUCAAAAACCACACCCUCAACCGUCUCCACUGGAGUGAGGGGCUCAGAACGGUCGUCCAGCUCCGCGACCUGGGCGUAAAAGUCUGGCGCCAUAACGUCAUCAAAGCCCUACAAGCACAGCUCAUCGUCAUGUUCGGCCGCGGCCACUCCAAACGGAGAGAGAACCGCGUCAUGGAAAAAGUCAACCACAGACCGUACCUGACCUACGUCAGGGAAAUCAACGCAACAUGGGGCGCCAGCUUGUUCCGCGAGCCCCAGCUUCUCGGCACGAGCAGGCUGCAUACGGGGAUGUGGCAUCCGCGGCUGCGCAGGAGGUUUGCGAAGCCGAGUGUGAGUCUGGUGGAGAUGCUGGGCAGGGACUGGCAGCGCGGCGGCGAGGAUGUGGCGGUUGGGCAGGGCGGUGGGGAGGGGGGUGGUGAUGCGCUGGAGGAGCUGCAGAGCGCGUUUGCGGCGCAGGAGAAGGCGAGAAAUCCGGAUUUUAGGUCGGCGUUGGCGCGUGGGGUGACGAGUAAGGAGGAUAGCGGGGGGCAUGGGCCGGUGCGCGCUGUUAAUGUUAGGUCACUGACAACGUGA